UUACCCAACAUGUUGCCCGUUACAGUUUUCCGCCAAGUAGCCCGCCGCGGUUGUGGCUUUAAAAAUCUCACGGAACUUGUAUCGCCGGGCAACAGUUCCCAUAUGCCAAAUGCCGUUAUGAAUUGCCUGAACCGCUAUGCCGCUGCCACCGGAUUUAUACGCAUUUCAUUUUUGGACGUUAAUCAAUAUCGCAAUUGGGAUGUGGCCACCUUGCGUAUGUAUGCCGAUCGCAAAAAACAGCUGCUGCACAUGAAAACCCUUAAGGGUCGUGAUAUGCUGCAGGAUGUUUUGGAUAAACAACGUGAACAGUUUAUCGAACGUAAAAAUGUUAUUGCCGACGAUAUUCGUGAUGCGAUUGACAAAAAACGAGAAUCAUUUAUAGAACGUAAAAAUGUCAUUGCCGAAGAUAUUAGGGAAGCGCGUCACAAAGUCCAACAGAGGGUUCGUGAAAAAAUCGAAGAGGUAGAGCGUGAGAAUAUCAUGACCAUACCGAAUAUGUUGACAAUGGGACGUAUGGUGCUGUCGCCUUAUAUUGGGUAUGUGAUAGUCGAUGGGAAUUAUGAAUUGGCUAUAAGUUUGUUGGUCGUCGCUGGUAUUUCAGAUUUGCUUGAUGGUCAAAUUGCUCGCCGGUGGCCCAAUCAAGCAAGUAAGGCUGGCUCAUUUCUAGAUCCGGCUGCCGAUAAAGUGCUGAUGGGCUCAUUGGUUAUAUCAAUGGGCUAUUGUGAUUUAUUGCCCCUAUGGUUGGCUGGUACUAUACUAUUUCGUGAUGUGUUCCUGAUUGCUGCAGGAUUUGUUAUACGCUAUAUUAGUUUGCCACCGCCACGAACAUUCUCUCGUUACUUCGAUGCCACACAUGUUACUGCUCAAUUGGAACCGACUCUUAUUAGCAAAAUCAAUACUGGAGUGCAAUUAUCUGCCGUUGGUAUUAGUUUGGGAGCACCAAUGUGGGGAUAUUUAGAUCACACUGCCUUGCAUGGUCUGUGGUACCUGACAGGGGCCACAACAGUAGCUGCCGCCUUAAGUUAUAUCUUAGAUAAGAAUACAUUUAAAAUUUUAAGCAAAAACGUCCCAAAGAAAUAGAAAAAAAUAAUGA